UUUUUGUAAACGUCAGUGAGAGGAAAAUACAAGAAAAGCAGACUAAAAAAGAAACGAAAUUAAGAGAAAGAGAGACGUCACUGCAGAAGCAAUUGAUUUUAUUUUUAAUGUAAAAGUAAAAUUUAGUGAUAUAAAUUUAACAAAAAGUUGUGCAAAAAUUCAAUAACUUUAGAGAAAAAUCAAACAAUUAACUAUUUUAUAAUAAAUUGAACCAGAAAAACAUGGCCGAUAAACCACCAACAGCAAUGCCACCAUCAAGUGAACCAUUUCCAGGUUCCCGCACACCCGGCUGGAAUGAUCCACCAACAUUGGCCUAUAAUCCGCUGUCGGCAUCAUCGGGCGGUGGCCCUGGUCGGCCACGUAUUAGUCUUAACAAACGAGUGGCCUAUCCAUUGCAAGGAACUGUAACGCCCACGACCACAUCAACAAAGCCCAUGGCAGUCGUGUUACCAAAUCAGGCAAGUGCUGGUCUGCCGCCGCCACCACCACCCACAACAGCCACUAUUAUGCAACCCGUGGCUGUGGUCCAUCCCAUGCCCCACACCACAAGUGAACAAGAAAACAUAACGCUACCCACAGAUGCUGUGAGCACAAGUUUUCGUAGCCUAAGGGAACGAGUUCCUCUAGUGCAGGAAUCGAUUAAUGUACGGCGGGAGGAGAUCGAGCGACGUUUGGGCGUCAUAGAGCAACUUUGGCAAACGGGUAAUCUAAGUCCGGCAGUACAACAGAAAAUCUAUCGUUUAAGUCAGGCCGUAUCACGCCGCUCAUACAAUGAGGCCAUGGAAAUCUACACAUCGCUAGUGGCAAAUCAUGCCAACGAAUGUACAACCUGGGCUGUAACACUACGACAUAUUGUAUUGACAAUACCAGUAAAUGAUACUGCGACCGCCAGCACUGAGCUAUUGAGUAAUGCCGCCACCACCACCAGCAUUACUGCCUCAAAUAAUGCUAUAGGAAGCUCCAAUUUAGUUACUGCUGUACCCACCAUGUCUGUUACCGCAAUGCCACGUUCCUCAACGGAAGAAAACCCUUUGUCCUCCUCCUCCUCAUCCAACUCGACUUCAUCCUCCGCCGCCUCUAGAGUUCAACACAUAUGAUAAACAUUUGAAAGGGUGGCAGUUAUAAUGAACAACACAGCAAAACAAUAUUUUAGCAUACACACUUUCCAAGCAAAUUUUCAACUUUUACAUUUGUACACGCAUUUAAAACAAGUGGAUUGAAAGUUUUAAACUUUUUUCCCCUUAAUUUGUGGCUAUUUAAACCAACCAACCAUCCAUUCUUCAUACAUACAACUUUUCCCAAGCAUUCUUUCAAUUAAGGAGAAAGAAAGAAAACCAAUAUGCAAACAAUAACAAAAUUUAAUUAAAAUAAUUACGGCCUUAAUCAAAAACAUUUCACAAAUUAAGAUUAACAAAGAUGUACCAAACAAUUUGCUGCAUCUUUAUGACUUUUAAUUAAUGUUUAUGAUUAAAGCUUUUAAAUACCUAAUCCAUACACUAAACAAAUUAUUUAAUUUGUAGCUCUAUUCCUGCUCAUUUUGAAUCUUCUAAGUUUUUCUUUAUGUAUCAUAGUUUUUUUUUAGCUUUUUUUAUUCGUUCUUAAAUGAUUUUUGCAAUAUAUAUUAUUUGCUUUUACUUAAAAAUUUAUAUUUUUUUCUUCAACUCUCUCAACUUUAGUUUUAUUUAUUGAAUUUGUGGCUUUUUUUAAAAUAAAGUAAAAAGAAAGCUAAACGUAAACCAACAAAAAUAAUAAAAAAAUCUAAAACCUUAGUUAAGCUUGAAUUCCAACAAAACGAAUCUAACAAAUUACCUAAAGAUUAAUUUUUCAUUUCAACUGAAAAAUACUUUUUAAUUGUCUAACAAGAAAAAAAGAAGCAAAAAAGUUUGAAAGAAAAUAAAAAAAGAUGUGAAAAAUUUAAGAAAAAA